UGUUCACGAACCUUUGUCUUGCCGAGAGUCGAUAUUUUCAUGCAUGGAACGUAGUAUGAAAAGGUUACGGCAAGGACGCGUUCCCCGGGGAUCGGGUGCUUCCAGAGGGGGUCCCCCUUUUACCCCGUUUUUUUGGUGACGAGAAUCCAUAGUCCAGAAUUAUGUUUCAUUCAUUUCCAAGAAUUUCUGGAUAUCGAUUGAGAUUCGUUGGGGUCCAAUUUCACAUCUUCUCUAAUUCAAAUCCUAGUAGAAUCAUUGUUUAAUUAUUCGAUAGAUUUCUUAGGGUUUUUGUUUCCUAGAGUUUGGAAGCAACUGUUAUGGCGGGAAUCAUGAACGAACACUUCGGUGUGGUGGAAUUAUGGAGAACCCCCGAAUACGAUCUUUCUACAACACGAUUUUGCUUUUACACUGUUAGAGAAUUGAGAAAACUUAUAGUGUAACACUAUAUUUUUCAAUGAUAUAUAAAAUUUAGGAGGAAAUUGUGCAAGUUCAAUAAAUUUGUUUGAAAUAGUAUAUAGAUGAAAGGAAUAGAUUUCUUAAGAAAAUCACGAUAUAGAAAUGAAGAUGCUAUAGAAGGAAAAAUAUGUGAUUAAGAAAUUUUGUAAUAUAUUAAACAGUCUUGUUUAAUGUUAAUGAAAAAGAUAUAAUAUAGAUAUUUCUUACAGAUUAUUAUAAUUACUUUCAUAUCAAAUAAUAGCUAUACUUCAAAGUAGGGUUGUUUUCUGAGACUUAACCCUGCUUUUUUGUACUAGAUCUUCGUUUUGUAUAAUGUGAAUUCACUUAACACUUUAGUUUUUAAAAAUAUUAUAUUUUAUGGUGAUUGUUAGUAUAAUAAAGUAUUACUAUUUAUCAAAUACUCAUCAUAUAAUAUACAUGUGCAGUGUAUUGAAGCAAUUAUUACAAUUUUUUAAUUCAUAUAUAUGUAAUGUGUUACUUACUACACACUUUAGUCAUACUGAGAGAAUGCAGUUGUAAAUAGAAACGCGAUUGGAAUUGGUUGACAGAAUCAAAAUUAUUUUUUCUAUAACAUAGUUAUUAAUCAGUUAUAUGUUAUCAUGUGACAAGAAAUUUCAAUUAAUAAAGCCAUUGAAUAAUGGAUCUAUAAUAUGUUAUGAAUUCUUUUCCAUUAGAAGGUAUAAGAGCAUGUAUUAAAAUUGUAUUAAAAACAAAAAAGGAAAGUAGUGAGAAAUAGUAGAGUGGGUUCUAUGAUACAAAUUGCAGUGGCAAGUGCGGAGCAGCAGAGGUCAGAAUCCCCUGCAAACACGCAGAGUCAGAAACUCGAGAAUCCAGAUACUACUAAGGAAAUGACUAAUAAAGAUGGGAUUGGGCCCAAAGUGAUGAACAAAGGGGGCGGGAAGGGGGGCUGGCUGAAAGCCCCACUAUCAGAGGCCCAAGAGCCUCAUGGGACUGAAGACAAUGUAGUAGGUGCUGGAGGUGUUACAGAAUUAAGUUCUAAACAACGUCAUCAAAUGAAGCACAGAGAAUUAUUUCUAUCGCGACAGGUAGAAACAAUGCCUGCGACGCAUAUAAGGGGCAAAUGCUGUGUAACAUUGUUAAAUGAAACAGAAUCUUUACUGAGCUAUCUAAAUAAAGAAGAUUCUUUCUUCUAUUGUUUAGUAUUUGAUCCUGCUCAACGUACUUUACUUGCUGACAAAGGCGAAAUUAGAGUAGGCAGCAAAUAUCAAGCUGAUGGUAUAGCUCCAGCUCCACUUACUCCCGCUGAAAGAGAAUCAGAUCCUCGUAGGUUGCAGGAUUUAGAGACUUUGGUUUGGACUCCGCGACAUUCGCUAACAGAUCGACAAAUCGAUCAAUUCCUUGUUGUCAGUAGAUCAGUAGGCACAUUCGCAAGAGCAUUAGACUGUUCAUCUUCAGUUAAACAACCCUCUUUACAUAUGUCUGCAGCAGCUGCAUCGAGAGAUAUUACUCUUUUCCACGCAAUGGAUACUUUGCAUCGGCAUAAUUAUGAUGUCGCAAAAGCAAUGUCAUCUUUAGUGCCUAGUACUGGUCCAGUAUUAUGCAGAGAUGAAAUGGAAGAAUGGAGUGCAUCUGAAGCUAAUCUUUUUGAGGAGGCUCUUGAUAAAUAUGGCAAAGAUUUCGCUGAUAUUCGUCAAGAUUUUUUGCCGUGGAAAACUUUAAAGAACGUUAUCGAAUACUAUUACAUGUGGAAAACAACUGAUAGAUAUGUACAACAAAAGAGGGUAAAGGCUGUAGAAGCUGAAAGUAAACUAAAACAGGUUUACAUACCAAAUUAUAAUAAGACAGCUCCACCUACAACUGCACCUUCCGCGGCAACAAUUGUACCUCUCGGCAACAAUAAUAGCAACAGUAACGGAAAACCAACCAGUGUUCUCAAUGGCAAUAGCAAUGGUAGUAUGGCGACUGAUAAUUCUGGUAUACUGAUGGUCGGGGUUGGCGGAAAACCAUGCGAAAGUUGUCAAGUUAUGCAGAGUCCACAGUGGUACGCUUGGGGUCCAUCGCAUAUGCAAUGCCGUCUUUGUCAAUCAUGUUGGACGUACUGGAAGAAAUACGGUGGCCUCAAGGUUCCAUCACGUAUCGAUGAUGUUGACUUAGAAAGAAAAAGAGGCGGCGCAGGCUCAGAUGAAGAAAGUAAAGGAAUUGGUGGUGCUCAUAGACCUCAUCGAUGUAGCAUUCCUUCUUGCGGGAAAGAAUUUAAGCUCAAGGCGCAUCUGAGUCGCCAUUAUGCAAGUGCUCAUGGUGUUGAUUUACGUGGAAGCGGAGCAAGUGGAGGAGGUAGUGGUGGAUCCCCCAGGCCUGUUAUGAAAACUCGUUCUGCAUUUUAUUUACGUACUUCAGCAUUAGCGCGUGCUGCGCGAAGACUAUGUGCAGCGCAAUUACGCACACGUCACGCGGCACGAGCACCCCAUCAACCUGUAAAUGCAGCGCCAUUGCGACACCUUUGCGCUUCACCUCAGUUGACGUCAAAAAGUCCUGCAGAGUUACGUAUUUUAGCACGAGCUGUACGACCUCGACCUCGUCCUCGCGUCACAGACAUAGCAACGCGUUUAGGUGAUCACCCUGCUCCUCGACAACCUGGGGACUGGGAUUGGUUAGCCCUUACGGCACCAGCACAACGAAAACAACCUGAUCGAGUUUCUUUUCCCAGACCGCCAAAGGCACCAGAUGGAAGUCUGUUAUAUGAAAGAGUACCAAAUAAGUCUGAAGUGGAUAGGCUUCCAGUGACUCCGCCUCAACCACAACCCAGUAUGCAGACGCAACAAACAAUCAUGAAACGCACAAGACCUCCAUUUGACGAAAUCAACGGAUCUGAUGGCUUCUACUCUGACAUGGAUUGGGAUGAAGGUAUUGCCCUAAGUGCAGGGCUCCCUGGUGGACCACCUGCAAAAAGGGCUCAUCAUUCUCAACAGUUACAUCCCAAACAUACUUUGGAACACACCGCACCUCCUGUUCUUCCAUUAGUACCGCCACUCAAUGGAAGAGCCGCUCAUCCACAUACUUUGCCUCACGGUCCACCCUUGUCUAGAAGUAAUGCGCGUAAACAAGUGAUUUCAUGGAUGGACGCACCUGACGACGUUUACUUCCGCGCUUCAGAUCAGACCAAAAGACUUAGAAGAUCCCUUUCAUCCGUGGAACUUCGAAGAGCAGCGCGCAAACCUUGGCGUAGAUUACCAGCUCCAUUACAUCCUCCUCAUCCGCAGAGAGCAGUGCGCGGCGAUGACAUGGUUGUCAUUUUGGACUGAAUCAAUAAUACAAUCAGUUAUACAAACUGAUCAGACUGUUGGUCGGUUUGUUAUGGGGGAAUCAUGCUGUUAUCGUAAUUUUAAUGCCAGAGUGACUAUUGUGAAGAUAUCUCAACUUUAUGUAAUUGUCAUUGGCAGCUCUGACGUUGAGCAAGGACUAAUCGCUGUUUGGAAUGUUUUAAAAUAAUUCUUAAGACAGCAAAUCGCCGAAACUGAAGGCCUCGCUUGACUGAAUUUGCAUGUUGCACUGACAUCGCUGAAAAUAUCUUCACGCGUAAUGAACGACAAAACGUUUGCUCUGGAAACGAACAUUCAUCGAAUCUUUAUGAAAGAAAAAAAAUUGAAAAUAAGGAAUCAAGUCAUUCACCGUGAAACAUGAUUUUCUAUUCGUAUUAAUUAAUUAUUGUUGUUAUUAAUAAUAAUUAUUAAUAAUUGAAUGUACAUAUACAUACAUCAUACCACACAUUCAUACAUGCAUAGCCAGGUAACACACACACACAACACACACAAGUGUCCAACAAGUGCUGGAUACGAGUUCUUGAUAAAUUGGCUCAUACCACGCGCAUCAGCUCACGAAGAAUGUUACGGCCGUGCGCGUAACAGAUGAAUGCGAGAAAGAAAGCGUGCGAGAGAAAGAGAGAUCGAAUGAUAUGUGUGUGAGGGAGAGUGAGAGAGGAAGGGAGAGAGAGAAAGAAUGGUUCUGAAUGUGCGGAAGAAAGAAAGAAUGCUCAUUGUGAAUAUUUUUAUUAAAUUUUCAAGUUUGAUGACUUCCGUCGCAACAAUUAAUAAAUAAACAUAAGCAUAAGUGGAAGAAUAUACUAGUCCUUUUUCCACUCGGUCCGUUUUCUGUUCACAAUUCAUUACGUAUGAAAAAUAUAUUAUAAAAAUUGUUAUCAAAGUUUACCCUUCGAAGGGAAUUAAGUGAUAUCCUUCUCUUAAAUAUGAAGUAUUUCACCUUUUUAUUAAAAGUAAUAUACGUUCUAUAUUUUUGAACAUUUAAAGACUGAAUAAACGGUAUUCUGUAAGUGGACAUGGGUACGCCUAAAAAUGUGAUGUCUUGUUUUACAGUAAGUAAGACUAGUUGCAGUCAUUUCAUUGCUUUCCUGUCUAGUGUCAGUACAAAGUAAUUACACGAUCAGGAAGUAUACGUAAUGUUUUCAAAUAUCAUAAUAUAAUUUCUUUUUUCAACACAAAUACAGUAAGGCUGAGCUAUUAUCCGAGUUUACUUUAUUUUAUCUUGUGCUUAGAAACAAACAUACAUUAUUUUCAAAUGUGCAUAUUGUGCGUGUUGUUUCUAUCAUAUGAACUACUCCUAGUUGAAAUGAAGUAUAUGUAGGUACAAAGUAUUGUUUUUCCACGAAGAAGCAUAAAUUUGCGAAUUAUCGGUAAUGUCAACAACCUAUACCAAAAUAAUACGCGUUCUUGAUUUUCUAAAGCCUAGACAAAAAUUCCCAUCGAACAUGACGCUGGUGCAAUAAAAUAUUUUUGAAGUACUGAUAA